AUGGUGGAGUUUGUGGGAUGCCAAGAACAUGGUAAGGAGCUGUUAAUUGAUGAUGGCCAGAAGAUGCAGACAAGUCAUGAAUCGUUUUUAUUUGUUACACUUACCAAAAUCAGGGUUUGGGCUCUGAACACCGGACACCUGAGUACUCGUGCUAUCAUACUUGAGACGACAUAUGAAAUGCAAGGCACAAACCCGUCUCAUGUUGGCAGGGACAUUCAUCUGAUGGAUCGAGGGACACAUAUGGAGCUAAGAGAAUUUCCAGAAGGAAAUUCUGACAGGGAGCGCUGA